AUGAUGGCGCAGGCGCAGGGCCCACGGGACCUUGGCUGCAGAACAGCUCGCCUUGGAGCACUCAACACGAUCCCGCCGAGGCCCACCGUCUACGAGAAGAGCCAAUUACUGCUCGUGGUACAGACAAUGGCCACCGUCCGAUUCCUGCAGAUGCCUGAACCGGGACGCGUUGCCCAUACCGCGUUAUCUGCAGCAUUUGUCACCAAACCUAGUCUGCUAGAUGCCGCUCUCUUCAUGACUGAAGUUGGGGCGCCGGCUGCUUUCCACAUGGCUGAUGCAACGAAAAGAGCUAGCGAUGGCGAGGCAGUAUCUGCAUAUAGCCUCGCUAGUCCAGCAUUUACAUCUUUUGCUAAUGAUUGCAAAGAGCGCCCUCGUCUGCAGCGCCAGUGGCUCGCUCAUCUUCGCUACACGGUAUGCGAAGAUGAGGCAAGCGUCUUGGACGUAGUCAUGCAGCUCGACUGGUCUCAAUUGAGGGAUACCUCUGUGAUUAUGUUUGAAGCAGGAUCAGCAUCGAGCAUGACCGUAAUGGCGUUGGCCGAUUUAUAUCCAGCUCUAGAUUUCACUGUCCAGGUCUCCGAGCCUCCAGAAAAUCGAAGGGGUUCCAUUGCAAAUCAUGGCUAUCAGCAGAGCUCUCAUCCCCGCGUGAGUAUCCAGCAUCGCCCCUGCGGGACGUGUCAGACGGCGCUCAACGGCGCUAUGUACAUUCUCUCAUUUCCCGCCACGUCGCCCCUGCUACCACGUGUAGAGCUUGGUCCUUGCAUACUCGCCGAGCUACAAUUACACUUGACAGUUUUGGCUAGUUCACAGGCGAGGUUGAUCCUUGUCGUUCGGAACGUCAGGCUCGUAUCGGCCGAGGAGACGUGUCUGACCAAAGACAUGAAUUUGGAGUUGGAGAGCCGCGCUCGUCUGCGAGAUUUGUCACGCUGGCAAUUAGACAGCGAUCGCGAUAUGGACAUAAAUGAGCUCCUUGAGAUUGUUGAUCAGGUAUGGGACAGCAAUGGGAGCCUUGCGGUUGUGAGCCGGAAGUCAUCGCAGGAUGGGUCAGCCGUCGCAUUAGAGUUACAGUAUCAACCCUUCGCGGAAAGGAACCAGCUCAGUCUACAAUUCUGA